AUGGCCAAGAAAGCCCAAGUUGGUCCUCAUGUGCUCAAGGUGAUUAGGUACAUAAAAAGGCUUGAGACUUUGGGUUUUGUUGUUAAUGAAAAAUUGCAAUGUGACUUAAUUUUGCAGUCACUGCCUGAUUCUUAUUCACCUUUCAUAAUGAACUUCAAUAUGAACAUGAUGGUGAAGUCCAUGUUAGAGCUCUUAAAUAUGCUGAGGACUGCGAAACAGGACUUGAAGAAGCCUAAACUUGUUUUACUGGUUGUUACUAGUAAAGGCAAGGGUAAGAGUAAAGGAAAGGCCAAGGUUUAUCCCAAGUCCAAACCCAAAGGACAUGAUGCUCUUAAGCCUGAGGGUGGCAUUGGAAAAGGUGGGAAGAUAGUCUGCUUUUAUUGUGGCAAGCUUGGCCAUUAG